UGAGCUUUCAUUACCAAUCGGUAUAGAUUGAAACUGUAACUUUGAGUGUGUUUGGAUGAAUUCGGACUUGUAUCUGUACAUCCGGCGCCGUUCUGCUAUUGGAAAAUCUAGUCUUCGGGAUUAUUUGUCAGGCUGCAAAGACUUUUUACCAUUACUGAUGUCUGCAUUGGCAUUGAAAGGCAGUGACAGUACUGCAAACGAUGACUGGAAGUCAACUCUUAAGCUUCCGGAGAAGGACAUGCGUAUUAAAACGGCUGAUGUAACUGCUUUGAAAGGAAGCAGCUUUGAAGACUUUUGUCUAAAGAGAGAUAUCCUGAAGGGAAUAUAUGAGAAAGGUUGGGAGUCCCCAUCCCCGAUCCAAGAAUCCAGUAUACCAAUAGCUCUAACGCACAGAGAUAUAAUGGCAAGAGCCAAAAAUGGCACUGGCAAAACUGGAGCUUAUUCAGUCCCUGUCCUAGAAUCGAUCGAUACUACAAUCAACAAAAUUCAGGCUAUUAUUUUGGUACCCACUCGAGAACUUGCACUUCAGACCAGCCAAAUCUGCAUAGAACUUGCCAAGCAUACGGCUAUUAAAAUCAUGCUGGUAAUCGGUGGCACACUGCUAAAAGAUGAUUUAAUAAGACUAAGUCAAACCGUCCAUGUUUUAAUAGGCACGCCCGGUCGUUUGGUAGAUUUACUAAGCAGGGGACUCAUUGACAUAUCCAGGUGUAAAAUUGUUGUUCUGGAUGAAGCAGACAAACUACUGUCCGAAGAGCUCAUAAGUGGGGUUGAAGAGAUUCUCAAUGGUGUGGAUAAAAGUCGUCAAGUUCUUGUUUAUUCAGCAACGUACCCCGUUACAGUCCAGUCAUUUAUGACUCAGCAUUUGCGCAAUCCCUAUCAAAUAAAUUUAAUGGAAACAUUAACGCUAAAAGGAAUUACUGAAUAUUAUGCAUAUGUCCAAGAAAAGCAUAAGGUACACUGCUUGAAUACGUUGUUUUCAAAACUGCAGAUCAGCCAGUCCAUAAUUUUCUGUAGUUCAGCACAACGAGUCGAACUUCUUGCCAAAAAAAUCACCCAGUUGGGAUAUUCCUGUUAUUAUAUACAUGCAAGGAUGUCUCAGCAGGACCGUAACAGAGUCUUUCAUGAUUUUCGGAAUGGUUGCUGCCGCAACCUUGUUUGUACAGACCUUUUGACUCGUGGGAUUGACAUUCCGACUGUGAAUGUUGUUAUAAAUUUUGACUUCCCAAAAUAUUCUGAAACAUAUUUGCAUCGUAUUGGUAGAUCUGGUCGUUUUGGUCAUUUGGGUAUUGCUAUAAACUUGGUUACAUAUGCAGAUAGGUAGGUCCUUUGCUCAUACUUAACUUACUCUCAGAUAUUCAUUAAAAACAGUGGAAACAGAACUGGUUACUGAAAUCAAACCAAUUCCUAAAGAAAUCGACAAGCGGUUAUAUGUUGCGGAAUACCAAAAUGAAAAUAAUUUGGAUCCAAUGACAAGAGAGGCAUUGUUUAAUGGUCGUGGGUUGCCUUCAGGCAACAAAGAAGAGGUUGUAAACAAUCAUUAGUAUAUAUGACUUCCCGGUGACUUCUGGGCAUUUACCUAAGAUGCUCGCCACUUUAGAAUCCCUAAUUUUUUGAGUUUAGGUUAUCCCUAUUAUUUUCUUCGCAGCUUCAAUGAAUCCAUUCCCACUCGUGAUAUGCUGUAUAGUUUAAUUUUUCCCAUCUGUCCUUUUCAGUUGGGGCUUGUUUUUUCAAAUGUUUAUUUUUUUGUUAUUAUAAUUAACCCUAACCAGAACUCCCACUUCCCUUGUAUUAUAUCCCAAAUGUACAGUUAGCUUAUAUGUUCAUGAUGUUAAUGACUGUUUACCAUCCGUGUCGCUUUGAAAGUUCCCUGUGGCUUUGUAGCAUCCAAAUGAUUGCUUUGAGGAGUGUGUUGGAUCUACUCGCCACCCAUCCCAUAUUCUGUAUGUGGUCAGUGUUGCCCUCAUUCGCUCGCUAAUGGCUGUUGUUAUUUUUCAGGAAGCUGACCAAUGGUGUUUUGUUUGAGUUUCAAAUAAUUAAGUAAAUAAAGGUUCUUGGUAG